AUGAUUAACAAGCAUUUCUUUGAAAUUGUGUCCGUGCUGUUGGCCUCUUCUACUAUCUUCUCCCUAGAAUUGAAACUGGCUCUCCUCCAACAAAGAGUAAACAGAGAAAGUUUAAAACUCUUGAGUAAAUCGCAAAGCUCAUCAAUUCAGCAGUGUCUACCACACAGGAAAAACUUCCUGCUUCCCCGGCAGUCUGUGAAUCGUCACCAGUACCAGGAAGGACAAGUGCUGGCCAUUCUUCAAGAGAUGCUUCAGCAGAUCUUCAACCUCUUCAGGGCAAAUAUUUCUUCGGAUGGUUGGGAGGAAAGCCACGUGGAGAAGUUCCUCACUGAGCUUCAUCAACAGCUGGAAUACCUAGAAGCUCUCGCAGGCCUGGAAGGGGAGCAGGACAGCGGCAUCUUGGGUAGUGAGAACGUUAGGUUACAGAUUAAAAUGUACUUCCGAAGGAUCCACGAUUACCUGGAAAGCCAAGAGUACAGCAGCUGUGCCUGGACCGUUGUUCAAGUAGAAAUCAACCGGUGUCUGUUCUUUGCAUUCCAACUGAUAAGAAAGAUAAGCAAACAAGGAAUGGAUUCCUUGAAGAAUGAGGACCAUGAGUCAAGGGCUGACUUUAGAAGCGUAGGGUAG